AUGUCCUUUUUGACGAAAAGUAUUCAGGACUUCCGAACGAACUUGUCUGCACCUAUCACGUUAGAGAACUGCGACCCCCUGAUGGGCACGGCGAUACUGAUCCAUUACCUGAGCUGGUGCAAUCUCGAAUUUCUUGAAAUACAGCCUGGACUUGAAGAUGACUGCAGCCCUGAAAUAGCGCAUCUCGACCUUGCCAAAGACCAGAUGUUCCUGCUGAGCCCCGGCGUUCGUCAGAUCUUCUUCGUAUCAUGGCCGUUCUUCCAGCGCAAGAACAGCGUCUUCGUGGAGAUAGCGCUGCUCAAGCCAUGCAACAGCCUCGAGGAUUCGCUCGAGCCGCAGAACAUCAAUUUCCAAAUUAAUGCGCACGGUUUCACGGACAUCUUCGACGAUCCGGUAUACAGCGGUAAUCCCAGGGCGCCACUGCCGGCGGCACCACCAGCCACGCCGUCCUAUUCCUCGCCACCACCCGAGUUCUGCCCCAGCCGCGCAGAGAUCUUCCAGCUGCUCACCAUGCCGACGACUCUGACCCCCGACACAGACGUUCAAUCGAGCGUCCACCCGACCUGGGAUCUCAAUCUUGUCAGGGAUGAGCAGCAGGAGAUGUCCAUCUACCCCAGCCUGAGCCCCAGCCCGCUACCGCGACCCCUGACGCCUCAAGCCGCCGACCUCGCCGAGGCUCUCAGCCCGCCAGCAGUACACGGAGACAGGGAGGCGGUGCUGCGUGCCGCCUACGACCGCAUGGUUGCCCGCCUCAGUGUCGUGUUGUGCUUCAUGCCGGAUGCGCACUUCCCCUCGACGGCGAACCUGUUGUCACCGACCCCGGUGCCAAUGCCGCAAAAGGCCGACCUGGAGAAGUAUAUCCUGUCGUUCCCUCUGUUGUGCUUCGGCCCGUUCCUGGAGCUGAUCCUGGCGGGCGACUCGCGCGCGCUGGUCGUGCUGUAUCACUUCUACCGCGCUGCGCGGGUCCUGCUCCCGACAUGGCAGUCGUGGUGGUGCGGGCGACGGGCCUCGGUGAUGGAGACCCUGAUCAGGAGUGAGUUAGAGGCGCGAGGGUUGGACGCAUGCAUAGCGACAGCGCCUUGCGCGAUUUGA